UUUGUUUUGCUGUCCCAUGUGUGCGUGGUUGUUUGUUCAGCAGGCUGUUGGCAAGGGGCUUGUUGUUAUUUUGGAAGAAAGAUGGAUGAAUACGGCAGAUAUUUGUAUCUUUUAAAGAAUAUGGAUUUGAAGUCUGACGAUUUUGCAUCACAAUUAUAUACUCGAAAAGAGUUGGAGAUCGAUGUUCACCAUCUUCCUUAUAACAUUAAAAUUAAAGUCGAAGAUUCUGAAUGGGAUUGCAAGGUUACGAAGGAUGAAAACAAGUUGGAAUUUAAGUUUGAUCGUGGUGGUUGUUCAGGCGAAGUAAUAAUUGCAGCAAUUCACCCCAAUCUACCAGAGCAAAUGUUUCUGUUUAGCUGUGAAACAAGUGAUCAUGUGACUAUAUGUAACCAUGAUAGUAUUUGUGAAGAAGAUAAGGGAUUUAUCAACCAUGCAGGCUUUAUUAAGAUUGACAUUCAAAUUCAAAAGAUUGUAAAACAUCCUACUUCCCUGAGUUUUCUUGAACGCAAGUUGCUGCUGCAAUUAUUUUGGGAGUAUGGGGCAUCCAUCAACAAAGAGUUUAAAAAACUUUUUGAGGAUACAGCAAGGGAUAUCAGCACCGAGAUUCUUACUUUUGAUGAGUGGCUAAAAUAUACAAAGGUCAAAGACUUUUCAAUAUCAGAGGGCACACUUGUAAAAGAAGCUCUGGUAUACUUUGACGGUGAUAUUGUGCUUCUAGACAUCCUCUACAUGGGUUAUAACUCAAUAAGAAAAAAUGAUAUCCCAACCGGUUUACCUCGUUUGGUCGAAGCUAAGGGUAAAAACUUCCACUUGCUUAGUCCUGCUAGUAAAACUCUACGAUUGGCUUCUGAUCAAAUAUACUCCCCGAUAAAUCUGAAAAAAGAUGAGAGUUUCAAUCAUGAAGUUGUAAUUUCCCUUGAGAAUAAUCUAAAGAAAAUAGGUUGCUUGGCGUUUCAAAUGUAUUUUAUCAAGUCUCAAUUCAGGAAAAAUUUUGAUGAAUUCAAAAUGAAUUUAAGGAACAAAAGUGAAGCCGUUAAAAAAAAACCAAAAAAUAGCAAGAAAGGAGUUAAAAUUGCUGAAAAACAACCUUCAACUUCGGAGGAAUUGAAGCCUGAUCUACCGCUACCUUCAACCGAAGAAGUAGAAUAUGAGAAAUAUGUUAAAACUCUUGAUGAUUUGUUUUCAAAGGCUACAAAAAGAUUUAGUAUUAUUGCAGAUGAACUUAAAAAGGAUGUUGAUGACCUACUUUCAAAACACCCAAAGAAUGAAUUAUUUGCAGUCUUGAGAAAUACCGUCUCUGAAAAGUACAUUGCAGCCCAUACAAAGAUUUUUAAUGGCUAUAAACCGGAGGAGAGUGAAUUGGAUUAUGAGUAUUAUUAUGGAAAAGACAAUUGGCAUGGAGGGACUAAACAUGGAACAAAAUCAAAAAAGGAAGCCAUAGAAACAGGGUUAGAAGGCGAAAAAUAUGCAUCAGAGUAUUUCUCCCGCUCUUAUGGAGAUACAGCUACGGUUACAUGGAUGAAUGAAAUAAAAGAAUCUGGUUUACCUUAUGAUUUGUUGGUCAAAAAUAAUGAGGGAACCAUCAUCAAUUAUAUUGAAGUGAAGUCGACAAGCUUAGACAAGAAAGGGUUUUAUAUAUCAAAUGCGGAGUAUGCAUUUGCCAAUAAGAAGAAGGAUUUAUAUACAGUUGCCCAUGUUCAUAUAGAUGAGAGAGAGAAAAAGAAUGAAAAAAGAUACAAGGUGGAUGAAUAUAAGGAUCCUGCUAAUGGAAAAAGCUUACGUCUGUUCUUGAAACGGUUGUAGAAGUAGACUAGUAAGUUCCGUUUUAACCAAUUCUAUACAUUUUUAAUUUUCAGUUAUAAUAAUUAUUGUGGUUUGUUUUGAUUUCGAUGUUGGAUUUAUUGAUAUGUUUUUGACACCCAGUCUUACUUUGGUCUUCUAGAGCCUUAUGGUGAGGGAUAAAACUAUGUCUGAUCUUAAUCCCUUUUAUAGGAACAAGUAUUUUUUAAAUUUUUUAUUUAAAUUUUUAUAUAGUAUAUGAAAUGCCAGAGAAAUGAUGAUAUAUAUCCAUACGGUUCUGUUAUAGAUGAUGAAACAAACAUGCACUACCAUAUGAUCUCUUGCAAAUAUGUGAAUAUUUUCAUUCUUUUUAAUAUGUUUUUUGUUUGUUUUGUUUUAAAUACAAAGUAUAUUUCCUAUGGUAUCUGAUGUCUAGAAUUCAGACUCUUGUCUAGUAGCUGGACAUUUCGUUUUUGCUGGCAUAGAUCAAACUCAUACAUGUCUUGCGACACAGGGGUUUACUUAUUUAUAAACCUGCUGUUACUAAUUCCCUAUUUAUAUUUUCACAAAUACUAAUUUUAAUGAAAGUUAUUCAAAUGUUUAUAUGUUUUUUUGUUUCUUAUUGUUUAUUGUUCUGCAAUCUAUGAUGCAAUUUUUUUUUGGAAUGGCUCUAUGAUGCAAUUUAUAUAUCCUCACUAUUAUGAUUAUGCUGUGAUUAGUAAGAUAUUUCACCAUCUUUCGGAUGAGAUUACAGGUCAAUUGUUUUGUUUUACUUGUGAAUUAUAUCUGUCUUUAUCUAGUAUAAAGCAAAAAAAAAAAAAACAAUGUUAUGAUAUUUUAAUGAAACCUUGUGCAUAGUGUU